GAUCUCCUUCUGUAUUGCAUAUCCACGUUACCUGCUAGCUGCUAUAUAGGACUCAGAGUGAGACACUCAAGUCAGCAGGACUGGCUCCUCCGACCAUUAUCACGUCCUCGCUUCCGACAUUGAAGAGCACACAUAAUGUCCGUGCUACAUCCUCCACAGAAGAAAGGCAGCUUCUCGGUGACAGGCAUCGUUCUGACUACCAUCAGCGUUGCCGCCGUCCUCACGGCAGCAAUCGCCCUCUACGUCCGCUAUCGUCGCAUCCAACGAGCCUCGUCGGCGCAAAGCCCUCGGUCAUCACAGCAGCCUAGGGAGUCUCGCUUCAAGAGCCUGUGGAUCCUUGCUGCCCGCCAUAGGAAAGGCAACCCUGCAGUCUUUUCCGAGACGAAACAAAGGCCUACAGAAGGCAGCCGAGCGCAUUCGCGUGGUCAGAGCUACGCCACGACAUCGAGCAAGGGAGACGACAUCGAGCUGGAUAUCAGCGACGUGCAAUGGACCCAAAGCCCGCACUGGAUUCAGCCGCCGACACUUGAGCGGCAGCAGACCGCACUAUCGAUCUCCGUCGAGCACCUCGGUCAAGUUGACGCACGCGUAGGGGCCGACGCUACACCAGCACAAUACCAAUCGAUGUCUAGAUCGCCCAAUCUCUCACUUUCGAGGGCAGAACCCACAUCACACCUAGCACCCAGCUCCUAUCCUCAGAGACCUCCCCUCGUCAACAACCACAGCACGGCCGGCUCCACACUCAGCAUCCCACGAAUCGUCAUCGGCGGCUCUCCCAUGCCGAGUCCCACUCACUCCGCCUUCCCCGCGAAUGGUCUUCGUCGGCCAGGCACGCUCAGCCGUCAUGGCUCCGAAGCACCUUCCUUGGCCGACUCUGUCCCGCGGACGGUGACACCGACGGAGGAAAUUGACGAGGACAUGAUGCUGACGGGCUCGGCAUAGCUAGUGGAUCGCAUCAGAGUGCUCUUUCGCUGAUCUGCUGGCCGGAUCUCGCGAGGUGCCCCCUCAGUCUAUACCUCUCCCAACAAUUUCCUUCUUGAACGGGACCCAUCAUUCUGAACACUCAUUA